AUGAAGGCAGCGUUCCUUACACUUUUCGUUGUCUUCAUCUUCGUCGCCGGUGCUGAGCCCCGCGUCGGUCAAGAUACUUUAGUGAAGCCGCCCCGAUCUCCCGAUGGUGACAAGGCGACGCUGAGGCUCUUGAGGUCUGAUGAGGAGGUUACGGAUGAGGUGAUCACCGGAGAUGACGAAGAGCGGGUUAAUGUCCCCGGGUUAUCGGCCAUUUUGGACAAGAUCUCCUCAACUACAAAACACCUGGCGAACAAGUUCAAGCCGGCGAACUAA